CACUCCCACAUGCAGAAUCAAAUAGGAGCACUUGCAGUCGGAUGCAUGAAGGCACCGAAGUGAUCAGACAGUCACUGAGUGAAGUCUAACUGUGUGUGUGGUUGAGAGAAGAAUAAUCAUUAGCCUAUCGAUUAAGGAUACUCUUCAUUUUCAUCAUUAAUCUGCAAGGACGGUCGUCUCUUCAGUUUCACAGAAGUAUUUCUUUGAAAGGAGGCUGCAGCGCUUCUGCGGUCCCCGGGUGCACAGCCAACGACCAGUUGACAGAAAAAUAGCUUGUUAUAUGUCCUUUAAGCAAUCAGGGUUGUGCUCAGCACAUAGGACUGAAUCUAUGAGAUGUUGGUGUUUUGAUAACCCAAUUACUCAAGAAACCUGGAUGAGCUCAAAGCUGUUCUGAUAUCUGUUCACUCAACUACAUUUCCUUGGAGGAAUCUUAUAUUUAUCCACAUAUAUCUAGCCUACUAAAUGGAUAUACAACAAUUUGCACACGCGUUUUUUUUCCCAUUUCACAUGAUAUUCUGCAUAUUAAAAGCCACUUUUGGAUUGUUGCUACCAACCAGACGGAAAGACCUUCAGGGCGAGGUGGUGCUGAUAACCGGCGGUGGAAGGGGCAUAGGACGGCAUCUGGCUAAGGAGUUUGCUGGACAGGGUUGUAAAAAGGUGAUCCUCUGGGGCCGCACUGAAAAAUGUCUGAAAGACACCUGCCAGGAGAUCGCACUUACAGGAACUGAAUGUCAUUACUUCCUGUGUGAUGUAGCCAAUCGCGAGGAGGUGUAUAAACAGGCCAAGGUGGUCCGAGAGAAGGUGGGUGAUGUCACCAUUCUAGUAAACAAUGCAGCAGUGGUUCAUGGGAAGAGUCUAAUGGACAGUGACGACAAUGCUCUGAUGAAAAGCCAACACAUCAACACACUGGGCCAGUUCUGGACUACCAAGGCCUUCUUGCCCCGUAUGCUGGAACUAUGCCAUGGCCACGUGGUCUGUAUCAACUCCAUCCUGUCCCUGGCCUCUAUCCCAGGAGCCAUAGACUACUGCACAUCUAAGGCCUCUUCCCUAGCCUUCAUGGAGAGUCUGACCCUGGGCCUGCUAGACUGUCCUGGGGUGGCCUGCACCACCAUACUCCCUUUCCACACCAACACAGAUAUGUUCCAGGGCAUGAAAGUACGGUUUCCUCAUCUCUUCCCCCCUCUGAAUCCUGAACUAGUGGCUCAGAGGACUGUGGAGGCAGUCAGGACCAACACAGCAUUCGUCUACCUUCCUUGGACAAUGAGGGCGCUAGUCAUUCUCAAGAGCUUCCUGCCUGAGGUAGCUCUGGAGGAGAUUCAGCGCUUCUCAGGAUGCUACACCUGUAUGGACACCUUCAAAGGACGGACAUAAGAAUCACUGCACUCAUGUCAUAUUGAAUUGAAUGCAAUCUAAUUUAAUAUGCAAAGUUGCCCAGGCAAAAGCGGUUCAAGUAAGCACACCAAGAUGUGCAGCUCAGAAACUAGUAGCAACCAUACUGUGGCCCACCAUUGGAGUUGGAGCGUUGCUAACGCAACUGAGAACGAAUGAACUAUGAAAACUACAAAUCUUAAACUGAAACAUUCUCACUUGGUGCAGUGUUGACUGACAAGUACACAACCGUAGUAUCUGAAACUGGUUCUUCUAAAGGUCAACAUUUGGGGUUUGUGUCAUCUUAUACAGCUUGAACUGGUGAUCAGAGCUGCUAGGUGAUAAACAUAUUCACUGUUCUACCAGGUUUAGUAUUAGCUUUGUAAAUUGAUGAAUACCAUUGACACCGACUGAAAUAAAGACGGUAUGAAAUACUGAUUGGCUUUUGUGUGGAAACUUAGUGGGGUGCCCAGUCUGUGUGUGCUGGUUCAUGCCUUGCCAAGGCUUUCAGUCAUCUCAUGGCCAACAUUCCUGCACUGUUACCCAGCCAGUACUUAGCUCAUUGUUGGUUUUGUUAAGGUUGUCAUAACACUCCAUAGGAAAGCAUACCAAAGAACUAUCUCAAUUGGGAACUAAAUACAUUUAGUUUUAAGACAGGGACAGACCUUGUAAUAAGGUGAUUCAGAGUACAAACACAGAAUCGUAAAAGCCUUCAGACAAAAAACUAAUGUUUGUGAAUCUUCUCUUUGUAAGAUGUUUAUAGGAGUAAGGGAAAGAGGCAGUGCGUGUGUUGGAGAAGACAGCUCAAAUCUCAGGGGGUGAGUUCAGAGUGAGGUUAGCCAAAUAGCAGCUGGGUUUACGGAGGUAGUUGGACUGACGACUCCCCCAGAGCUAAACUCUUCACCCUGUGGCCAACUUGGGCUCCAGAUCCAUGACUGGAGAAUCAGGUGGAGGAGAUGGGGGGCAGAAACUAACUGACCCUGGUAGCUGCUCCCCCAGGGCAGCUUCUAAGGUGCUGAGGCCUGUUGCAGGUGUGAUACAAGUAGCCAAAGCCAAAUCAAAAUACUUGAUUUGGCUCUGGCCCAUAGACCUUUAUAUACACAGUAUUUUACCUGUACUCCAUAUUUGAUAGACCGAAUUUCAAUGUAUCUUUGAAUCAUACCCAUAAUAUGAUAUGCAUCCCUUUUAUUUUCGAUGGAAACAGAUCUGUAUUUGAUUAUAAGGUUAAGUGAAGAUGCCUCAAACAUAACAUUUAUUUAGAAAAUCCUAGCUUUUGGUAAUUGUCUUCUUUAACUUGCAAAGCUUGUGGCUAACAUCAGAGCCUGCGUCUUAUUACUCAUU